GCUCACUUACAAGUAAAGUCGAGCACCGGAACUGGAAACCGUGAAGUUUGUUUGAAAACGCUGCGUUGCGCCUUAAACCUCCCUCCUAAACCCAUGGCAGCCCUGAAGCUCCUCUUCUCCUCGGCUCGCCGCCACUGCUCCCAUCUCCACCCGUCUCCAUUUCUAAGGUCCCUCACUUCCCAAUCAGAUCAAAUUCCCUCUCCUCCCGAACCGCUUAAACCCCAGCCCGCUCCGAUCGAACCCGUCUCCUACGCUCCCAAACCCAAACAACACUCCUCCUCACCCGACCCGGACCCGGCUCCGCAAUCGGCACAAACACAACCGCCGCCACCGUCGCACGCGCCUCCUCAGGACUCGCCGUGGACACGAGAAGACGCCCGGUUCGUGAAGGACGGGCCUUCCAUAACCCCGGUGUCGUACCCGGCCCGAGUGGCUCCGUUGCCGGAAGAUAAGGUCUCGGAGGAAGGCGGCGACGCGAGGCAGGGUGAGCUGGAGAAGGAGAAGCAGAGAAUCGAGCAGUCGAGAAGGAGGGUUUUUAGGGUAGAGGAGAAUGUGGUGGUUCCUUUCCCCACGUUUCUUAAGGUGGAGAAGAAGGAGAGGAAUCCCAUUCUUGAUUUGAUGGAAGCAAUUCGACAAGUCAAGGCUACUGCCAAGUGCAACUUUGAUGAAACUGUUGAAGCUCACGUGCAAUUGGGUAUUGAUGCCAAGCGAAAUGCAGUUCGUGGCAACAUGACCUUGCCCCAUGGUAGCGGAAAGGUAGUCAGGGUUGCUUUCUUUGCUGAAGGUGCAGAUGCAGAUGAAGCUAGAGCUGCUGGAGCAGAUAUUGUUGGCGGUGUUGACCUUGUGGAGGAAAUUGCAAGCAGUCGUAAACUCAAUGUUGACAAGUGUUUUGCAACAAAUGAAAUGGUUAUGCGUCUAGCAAAGAUAGCAAGGAUUCUUAGAGAGCGUGGUUUAAUGCCUGACCGAAAACUAGGUACUGUGACUAACGACAUUGCUGGGGCACUACAAAAAGUAAGACAAGGUCAUAUUGAGUAUAAAAUGGACAGAACAUCAAUAGUUCAUGUUGGGCUCGGAAAGGUAAGCUUUACAGAGGAGUAUCUGCGUGAGAAUGUUGGUGCAUUUAUGAGUUCUCUUUUGCUGGCAAAGCCUACGGGUUUAAAAAAGUCUUCCAAAUAUGCUGGGUAUAUCAACUCUUUCCACAUAUGUAGCACAAUGGGCUCAGGAUUUCCAGUUUCAAUACAGUCACUAUCCAAAGCUGCAGAUAACUACAAUAAAAUGCACCUCAAGUGAUGAGCUCUGCUGACAUUUCCUGCCUACAUCAAAAUCAAAGUUGCUAUUUAUUUCUUUGUUAAUUUUUUACCUUAUGGGAACUGAGGGCUCUCUGUCUUUCUCAGAGCAAGAUGUUGAUCUACUUAAAUAGUUAAAUGGAAUAUUAGAUCUACGUGGCCAGAAUUCCGUGGUAAUCAAUCUAGUUUUGCUUCAA